CCAACUCCUCCAUCCACCUGUCUGCCCAGGUGGAACUGGGUUCUCUGGUGGGUUAAAAGCAAGGAGCUGUGGGCCUCUUAGUUGCUGGUGGAGUCCUGAGCCUUGUCAUGGCCACUUUUGAGGCUACAAUCAAAGCUGAGGGCGAAGAGCUGAAGUGCGAGGAGGAGGUGGAGAAAGAAAAGCCACCAGAAGCAGUUGUGGAGAUAUUCCAAGAAGAAGCCAGAGACCUUCCUGGGUCUCCCAGCAGGAGGGACCACAGGGAACGCCCACUUGAGGUCCCUGAGGAGCUACACCCCUUGCAGUACAGAUGGGUUCUGUGGUUCUUCAAGAACGACCGAAGCCGGGCCUGGCAGGACAACCUGCAGCUUGUUACCAAAUUUAACACUGUGGAGGACUUCUGGGCGACGUACAGCCAUGUCAAGCUGGCCAGUAAGCUCUCUUCGGGCUGUGACUAUGCUGUGUUCAAGGAAGGCAUCCAGCCCAUGUGGGAAGACAACAGAAACAAGCGGGGUGGCCGCUGGCUGCUCAGUCUUGCCAAGCAACAGCGCUACACGGAACUGGACCGCCUGUGGCUGGAGACACUGCUGUGUCUGCUGGGGGACAGUUUUGAGAAACACGGCACAGAAGUGUGUGGAGCCGUUGUCAACAUCCGCAGCAAGGGGGACAAGAUUGCAGUGUGGACAAGUGAAGCAGAGAACCAAGAGGGGGUGCUGCACAUUGGGCAUGUAUACAAAGAGUGCCUGGGCCUCUCUACGAAGACCAUCAUUGGCUACCAAGCCCAUGCAGACACUGCGGCCAAGAGCAACUCUUUAGCCAAGAACAAGUUUGUGGUGUGAGGCAGCUUCAGCCCGCAUUCUUGAGGUCUUCCUCUUACUGUUGUUUGGCGUACAGGGAAGACUGCCCUGUGGAUCCUGGGGCAGGGUUUGGGGUGGGGGCAGACAGCCUGGUU